ACUCUGAAGUAGACAAUCAUUUGGCCAUGGUCUUAUUUGUAUGACUAUUGACAGUUAGCAUUGAGAAUUAAACUAAGUUAUUUUCGAAUAGACAGUAACCCUUAUCAGGGGUGCUAGUAGUAGGGGUGAGGCAGCAUCCCUGGGUUUGAAGUGGUUUCCAUCAUAUACAGGGUUUACCGUUUGGGUCAGUCACUCGGAGCACACCCCUCCCCCACUAUACAAAUUGUUCCAGCAUCCUUGGAACAGUUUCUCAUAUGAAGGAGGAGAGAAAUAAAAAGACUUCUAUGUCUGUCUUCUGUUCCCUUGUGGUUAGCUAUCAGCUAGCUAUUGUCAGUUCAGGCAUAGACUUGCUUGAAACAGGUUUAUACAUUAAGAAGCAAUGUGUUUCCAUAGCAGCUAUAGUCUAAUUUUUUUUUCCUCACUUGACUUUUUUUGCUCCUUAUCAGUUUUGAAGGGCAAUAUUAAACAACAAAAAGCAUAUUUAGGUCAAAUAAAGAAGCGUUUACUAGUACGAACUCUGUGCUAAGCAUUCUGGGAGAGCUCUUUCUUGCAGCAGAUGAGGGUUCUUUGUGGCUGGCAGCAGAAACUGCAGCACUGUCGUCGCAAUUUCUUUUUAUCUUGGAUAUGUUCUGAAGAUUUAGGAAUCAAGCAGUUUUUUCACUAUAUGGAAUACUUUUUUAGCUGUAUCAUACAGUAAUAGAAUGUGGGUGAAAGCAUCCUGUUGGAGAGUGUUACAGUAGAGCUGUCAUUUUGUUUUUCCAUCACUCUAUUUUAUUUUUUAAGGCUGGAUUUUUGACAGUCUCAUAUUUAACUGAACAGGAUUGCAUUAUAAUAGCUGGUGGCUUUUAUUUUAGUGAUAUACUUGAUCCUGGACCUGAAGAUGAUGCAAAGGAUGAUUGUUCCUUUUGAGCAAAGGAAGACAGUCUGCAAAUGGAGUCAGGAUUGCUAGAAAUGUAAAUUCAACACAUUUGGAAUGGGUUGCACUACUAGUGUGGUUCUGUUUAAAGGCAUUCGUACAGUUAUUGAGAGAAACUGUGCUUAUAUUUGCAAACAACACGGAGAAAAUAAUGCCCUUGAAUAUACAGCACACAGUUUGACCCAUGAGGAUACAGGACUGUUGAUUCAUUCAUGCCUGGCAAAACCAAAACUAAUUGAGCCAAUAGACUAUGAAAAUGUCAUUGUUCAAAAGAAAACACAAAUUUUAAAUGAUGCGUUACGUGAGAUGCUACUUUUCCCUUAUGAUGACUUCCAGACAGCAUUAUUGAAACGUCAGGGUCGAUAUAUAUGUUCUACUGUUCCUGAAAAUGCAGAAAAGGAAGCUCAAAGCUUGUUUGUGACUGAGUGCAUCAAAACCUACAACUCUGACUGGCAUGUUGUUAAUUAUAAAUAUGAAGAUUACUCAGGAGAGUUUCGACAGCUUCCAAAUAAAGGGACCAAAUCAGAGAAACUUCCUGUUCAUGUGUAUGAAGUUGAUGAAGAAGCAGAUAAAGAUGAGGUAAGCAUACAAUCUAUUUCCUUCUAUUCUGUAACAUUAUUUCAUUUGAAAGAAUUACUUCAAUUUUGAUAUGGAGUAAAAAAAAUAGAGAUUUAUAGGCUCACUUUUAGACUUUAAAUAAGGUUUGAAAGUAGAAAUCUGU